AUGCUGGUCUUGCAGGUUCAGAGGCCGAGGACGAGCGAAAUUGACACGACGCGCUUCGAUUUCCAGCGCUCGGAUCUCCACAACAAAUUGUACGCCAAGGAGUUCUUUGUCGAAUUGCCGGUGCCCGAAAACGAGACAUCGCCGACAACCAUAGACAGGGUGUUGGGGUGGGAUCUGAACCUCACGACCGAUUGGGAGCCCGUUUCGAUCGGUAAGAUCGCGAACGGCAGCGUGCUUGCCAAAUGGAACGAGGCCCACCCGAGCGACAUGGUAUUGCAGGGCGACGAGAUCCUCCACGUGAACAAGAGGCACUGGCUGCACAACACGUCGCAGUUCUUGCCCCACCUGACUUUCAACUACCAGCACCGCUACGACCGCUACAACGGGACCUUUGCGCUCGGUCUCCGAAGGCCCCGGCGGGUCCAGGAGGCCUACGACCAGGCCAAGGAGCUCGAGGAGCAGAAGAGCAAGCAGGCCAGGGAGCGAGAGGAGCUCCGCAAGCAGAUGUUCGGCAAGGAAUACGUUGUUUCUUUGAGUGUGCCCGAGAACGAGACAUCGUCGGCAUCAAUGGGCAGCGUGCUGGGCUGGAAGCUGAAUGUCACGAAAGACUGGGAGCCGGUGUCGAUCGGCAAGAUCGUUGAGGGAGGCCUGCUCGCACAGUGGAACGAGGCCAACCCCGGCGACAGGAUACUGGAGGGGGACGAGAUCCUCCACGUUAACAAGAGGCAUUGGCUGCACAACACAACGCUGUUCUUGUCGCACAUGAGCUUCAACUACGAGCACCGCGCCGAGCUCGCAGCCAACAAGACCUUCACGCUCGGUCUGCGGAGGCCCCGGCGGGUCCAGGACGCCUACGACCAGGCGCUGCUGGCUGCGCAGAGGGCGAAGGAACAGGCCAAGGCCGACGAGGAGAUGCACCGCGUUGCUCGAAAGAUCGUGGAUGCUGUGAGGAUGUGGAACAACGACUUCCCGCGAUUUAGGAUCGAUACAAGCAGCAAGACUGGCCAGAACUCCACCAGCCGAGCUUCGGCGCCGACUAACUCGGCCACUGCAGCUGAGCCUUCCAGCCCACCGAGCAAUUCGGGAGGCGAGCAAGAUGAUUCGGACGACGUGAUCGGCGCCACGGAGGAGGAAGACGACUCGGCGACCAGCGGCCCAGCACCGAAGGACUCGGCCGCUGUUGGUAAACCUUCUCCCCCAGCGAGCAGCGCUGAUGGCGAGCAAGAUGAUUCGGACGAUGUGAUCGGCGCCACGGAGGAGGAAGACGACUCGGCGACCAGCGGCCCGGCGCCGAAGGACUCGGCCGCCGCGGCUAAGCCUUCGUCCCCAGCUAGCCGCUCGGGUGUCGAGCAAGAUGAUUCGGACGACGUGAUCGGCGCCACGGAGGAGGAAGACGACUCGGCGACCAGUGGCCCGGCACCGAAGGACUCGGCCGCUGUCGGUAAGCCUUCCGCGCCGCCAAGCAGCUCGGGAGGCGAGCAGGAUGAUUCGGACGACGUGAUCGGCGCCACGGAGGAGGAAGAGGUGAGGGGAUCAUUUCUCCAGAACGCAGAACCAGCAGGCUCGGAGUCGGUUUCCGGCAUGGCCACGCCGGACGAGGAGCCAUGA